AUGUUUUUGCAAAAUGUCGGACAAACCAGUCGACGUUGAACCGUUCGAAGAGCAAGACGUUUAUCGUGUAAAUUGAUUUUAUUAAUUACGUAUUAUGUCUUACAUACAAAUCUUGUUGAUCGCUGCGUACGUUGGCCUGGUGUGGAGUCAACGACCUUUCUUCGCGGGUUCCCGGCCAAUCGGAUAUCCGGAGGUGGAAAAACCAUCAACGUCUGCAGAUGAACUUGGAAAUCGAUUUGGCGAAGGUACCACGCAAAGAUUACCGCUUGAGGCUCAAGGCGACAGAGAUCUAGUUGACAGAUUAAGCAAACUACCAUUAGAUAAGCAGCCGUUCUGGUUUAUCAAUUGGCAGGCGCUGGAAGCUCACAGACAAAGACCGCAGUCUUAUCCAAUCAGACCUAAUCCAUUUGCUCAAAAUCCUAUUGUUCCUAAUAACUCAGGAAACUUCAAUACUGGCGACCUCGGUAACAGAAGUGGCGGUGCUAACAAAAAUACUUCAGCGAAUUCCAGUUCAUCUGCACCUCCAUCUACGGAAACCAUUAAGUCUAGUACAAACCCCAGUACACUCAAAUCACAAGAAAAUAAUCCAAAAUCAAGUACUUCAAAUAAGGAUGCGAUAGAAAAGAAGCUGUGAAAUUGAAUAUUCUAAGAUCUGUACCAAUUUUCAUUUAUUUACUACGCCUAGAAGAAAAUCUAAUUUGACUGUACUAAUACUGAAAAUAAUGAAAUCCAUUAUACUAAUAUCAAUAAUGAAAUAAAUCAUUUUAUUUA